CAGUGACAGUUUUUGUAAAAUAUUGUGAGGUGAUUUUGUUUGUUUUGAAUUUGCUGAAUUUUAUUGAAUUAUGUUGCUGUGAACCAACUAAGAUAUAUAAUAAUUCUACCGUCAGAAAUAAAGAAGAAGGUUUUGACACUUUCAAUAGUUAAAACUUAAAGAUGGGAAAGAGAUAUGUUUGUGACUAUUGCAACAAGGUAAUGGUAGCAGCUCCGGCUAUUGUGAAGACACAUAACAAAGGAUUAGUCCACCAAAGGCUAGUUCAGGAACACUACCAUCAGUUUAAAGAUAUAGAGACAAUACUAGUUGAAGAAAGUAAAAAGAAGCCAUGUGUAAGAUUUGCAAGUGGAGAAUGUAAAUUUGGCAGUAUAUGUCAUUUUUCACAUUAUACUGUGGAGCAAAUACGAGCUAUGGGAGAAUAUGUGGCAUCAAAAAAUCGACCAAAGGAUGUCAUAUUCCCUUCGUUUGAAGAAUUAGUUCUAAAAUUAAUGGAUGAAAAGUCAAACAAGCUCCAAGAUUCAACCGAUGGCACCACAAUGAUGUAUGAUAAAAAUGGAAUCACACACACUUUCCCAUGGACUUACAACAGUAUUCUGGAUAACUACCCGGACCAAUUGCCACCAAGCAUAAAGAGACUAAAAAUAGAAGAUUUUACCGAUGCUAAAAUUGAAACUUGGGGUUGAUUUAUUAAUAGUAAUUAGAUAGGCCCAGAUGGAAAUGAAAGUGGACUGUAUUUCAAAGGUAUACAACAUGUAACGUAAUUAAUGCACACCCUUAAACACCCCAAUUAGAAUAUAAUGUUAUGAUCAUAAUACAU